UUAUGCAGAUAUUGAUUUGAUAGAGUUUCAUCACUGCCACAUUAUGAAUUCCAAUAACCCACGAAAUCACACUCCGCGGAUAAUUUUGAAACCCUCCUGUUUGUUUUCCCUUUUGGUUAUCUUCAUUGCAAUUUCAAUCUCAUUCACCAUCCCACAAACAAAUUAUAUCAGAACUCAAUACCUAAAAUCGACCAUCUCGCCGCUCUUUUCGCCUAUUUUGAGAAUUCUAGGGUUUAAUCGCUCAAUCUUGGACCCUGAUGAAUUUGCGUCAUCAAGCCCUAAUUUGGUUUCUAAUCCCUGUGUGCUAUGGAUGGCUCCUUUUGCUUCUGGUGGUGGAUAUUGUUCUGAAGCUUGGUCUUAUGUAUUAGCUCUUAAUCAGUACCAUAAAAGCACUAGCUUAAGAUUAAGUAUUGGGCAACACGGGGAUGGUGAGAAUGCUCAUUUUUGGGGAGGUUUGCCUCUAGAGAUGAAAAGAUUAGCUUAUGAGCUCUAUGAAACUCAAUGUAGAUUGGAGGAGUCAAUUGUGAUUUGUCACAGUGAGCCUGGUGCUUGGAAUCCUCCAUUGUUUCAAACUGUACCUUGUCCCCCAACAAACAGCAAAUUUGCUAUUGGCCGAACAAUGUUUGAGACGGAUAGGGUGAAUCCGGAGCAUGUAAAGCGGUGUAACGCCAUGGAUAUGGUGUGGGUUCCUACUGAAUUCCAUGUAUCUUCUUUUGUACAAAGUGGGGUUGAUCCGUCAAAGGUUGUGAAAGUUGUGCAGGCUGUAGAUACAGAGUUCUUUGAUCCAAUCAAGUACAUCCCAUUGAAUCUUGCAUCUUUAGGGAAUUUGGUACUCGGUUCAGGUUUAAAGGGAUUGAAUUCUAGAAACCCAUUUGUUUUCUUGAGUGUGUUCAAGUGGGAGCAUAGAAAAGGUUGGGAUGUGUUGCUACAAUCUUACCUCAGAGAAUUCAGUUCUCUUGACGGUGUUGGUUUAUACUUGUUAACAAAUCCUUAUCAUUCUGAUAGAGAUUUCGGGAACAAGAUUAUGGAUUUCGUGGAGAAUUCCAGAUUGGAGAAACCCGUAGAUGGUUGGGCUCCAGUUUAUGUGAUUGAUUUUCACAUAGCUCAAGUUGAUUUUCCGGGACUUUAUAAAGCAGCUGAUGCUUUUAUCUUGCCAUCUCGAGGUGAAGGAUGGGGCAGGCCUAUUGUGGAAGCAAUGGCUAUGUCUCUACCAGUGAUUGCAACAAACUGGUCAGGACCAACAGAGUAUUUGAAUGAAGAGAACAGCUACCCACUUCCCGUCGAUAGACUGAGUGAAGUUAUUGAUGGGCCAUUCAAAGGGCAUUUGUGGGCAGAGCCUUCUGUUGAUAAGUUAAGGCUUCUGAUGAGGCAUGUGAUGAACAAUCCAGAGGAAGCUAAGAGUAAAGGUAAGAAAGCCAGGGAGGAUAUGAUCCAUAAAUUCUCUCCUGAGAUUGUUGCAAACAUAGUUUAUGAUCAGAUUCAGCGGAUUCUUGACAGAAUGACUUGAAAUCUUGGAACUUUUUGUGUUGGUCAUUU